AUGAUGGCAUCUGGAUCCUCGCUUUCAUUAGCAUCCCAUUCCUCUUCGGAAUCUACUUUCCAAAUUGAUAUGGACAAGACUCUUCACGCUCUUCCUUCCAGUCUUCUCGAUUCUCCUUUAUUAUCAAACUGUGGUGACUCCUACAACCAAAAGUCCGGUCUGCUUUUGAAUAAUAUCCAUCACAACAAAAGUAUGGGUCUUUCUAACAACAAUGCUAAAGAAAACUCAACCGGUGAUCGAAAAGUUGAGUCUAUACCUGGACUCACUUAUACCCAAAAUGAUGAAAAUGCAUUCCAAUAUUCUUCUGUCGGCUUAACCUCAGCCGAUCCUGCCAAGUUUCCCGAGCGGAAGAUUCCUUCCAAAGGAGAAACGUUUUCCGAAAGACAGCCGUUAGGCUCUUGGCAGACGAAUGUAGCUCCUUCAGAAUCACCUCCCCAGGCUUCUACUUACAGUGAUUAUGCUGUACCAAAUGGAGUCAAUCCGUUGCAAUCUAAUAACCAAUACCCAACUGCUCUUCACCGCUCUGCUUCCUACCCUGGUCCUUCCGAUGACUUGGAUAUGUUUUCUUCAGCAUCGAGAUAUCUAUUUAUUUCAAAUUUGCCAAGAAUCGUUCCUUAUGCUACUUUGCUAGAACUCUUUUCUCGGUUUGGUGAUGUGAAGGGCUUGGACACAUCGGCUUUGUCAACCGAUGGUAUUUGCAUCGUUGCUUUUUUCGAUGUUCGUCAAGCUAUCCAGACAGCCAAGAUCCUUCGCACACAGCGUUUCUUUAAUGAUCGUUUGCUGAGCUUUCAAAUUUGCCAGCGCUCUAGCAUUCAACGUAUGAUUAAUCAGGGCGCCCCAAUCCAGUUUCUUGAUGAUAAUGAAGGUCAGUUGUUGUUUACCAUGCAAGGGCAGGUAACUCUCUCCAUUCAGCAAUUGCAAUCCAUACUACAAACUUUUGGGCCAUUGCUUUGCUUAAAACCUCUCAGGGGUCAAAAUCCCUCUCAAAUUCUUUGUGAAUUUUAUGAUACCCGUGAUGCAUCUUUCGCACUUGACGAAUUGGAUGGUAGGAUUAUUCACAACUGCUGUCUUCAAGUCUCUUACUACGAUGCUAUGGUAGAUUCUGUUAGUUCGUCUUCCGUAUCCAGUCACUCUGUUAAUAAAAGCAUAAAUUCCGCACAACCGCCGAAUGAUUGGAUGUAUCCUUUUACCAACAAUGGGCAAGAAGCAACUCCUUUGUUAAAACGGACAUCAUCAAAUUUGGGAUCUCAAUACUCUACUUUAUCCAAUUCAUUGAGGUCGGUUCCUUUAGGACGCACUGAAUCUUCACCAGCUUGGGGUACCGGUGGGCACUAUGACCUUUUAUCUACCAGUCCAACUGUCUCAGUUAACAACAGUAGAAGACCUAUGAGUGCAUCUCGUUACAGUAUGGAUGUUUCUCCAAUUGCUCCUCCAACCUCAGGUCGUGGGAAACAAAGAGCCGUGGAUCUCUUAAAUGGAUAUUCUGGGCAAUGGAACCCAUUUACAGCUUCUUCUCUAAAAGGAGUGGAUUCCCCUACGAAUGCUGUUGGUAUGAGACGAAGUUUAACAGUUGAUGCUAACGCUUCCCGUGCUAAUCCUGCAAACUUGAGCUUUGCUUCGUUGACACUUCAUGAUUCACGAGCUGAUCCCGCUGCUUUCUGUCCUGCACCAUUUUACGGAGCGGGUGAAAAUACAUUUCAGGGGCUUUCUGCUGUUCCCGAAAGACCCAUUUCUAUGGAUAGAAAUUCAGUCGAUUAUGCACGCGUUGCAGCCGGACUAGAUCAUCGAACGACAGUGAUGAUCAAAAACAUUCCAAACAAAUUUACACAACAGAUGCUUCGUGAAUACAUUGACCUUACGAAUCAGGGAACCUAUGACUUUUUGUAUCUCCGCAUAGACUUUGUAAAUAAGUGCAAUGUUGGAUAUGCAUUCAUAAAUUUCAUUGACCCUGAAGCAAUUGUCACGUUUGGCAAAGCAAGAGUGGGUACUCAAUGGAAUGUUUUCCACUCUGAAAAGAUUUGUGAUAUUAGCUAUGCCAAUAUCCAGGGUAAAGAAAGGCUUAUAGAAAAAUUCCGCAAUUCAUGCGUUAUGGAUGAAAAUCCCGCCUACCGCCCAAAAAUCUUUGUUAGUCAUGGUCCCAAUAGGGGAAUGGAAGAGCCCUUCCCUGCUCCAAACAACGCUCGUCGUAAGCUGAGAUCUAUUGCUAGUGCUCAGCAAAUAGGACUUUUCCCUCCUACAGCUAGUAAGUGCUAG